AUGUCUAAAAAGGUCAAACAAUUAGCAGAAGUCAUUGCUUUGCAAGAAAAAACCAUUGGAAAACUUUAAAAAAUAAUAGAAACCAAAAAAUCUAAAUAAAUUGGAAGUAGAAAGAAUCAAAGCAUAAAAUUAGAUUAAAAAUAUUUAGUUGGUACAAAUGCAAAACCACCUAGACUUGAUUUUAAUGAAACUAAUAGAUCCUAUAGAUGCCGACCUUCAAUUUCUCAGACCCAUAAUUAAUUGAGUUAAAUUUCCACUGAUUACAUUCAAGAUAUUUAAUCUCUUAGAGGAAAAAUCGAGGGACUCCAAAAGGAAAAAUAAGAUAGAUCUCUAUUCUUCCAAGAUAAAGAAAAUUGGAAUAACAAUAAUAAUAAUAAUAAUUAUUAAAAAGUAGAGAUUCUUGAAAAAUAAAUAAAAGACAGAGAAUCUACCAUAAAUGUAUUAUAAGAAUAGUUAGUUUAAGAAAAGUAACUCAGAUAAUAAACUCAAUAAGAUUUGAAAUAGUAAAGGACUAUUUGGAAUAAAAUGUAUUCUGAGUUAUCAAAUGAAAUAAAAACUUUGAAGACAGAGCUCAGAGCAUUUUCAUCUUAACCUAAAAAACGAUCAAAUUAACUAUUCUUUUCAUGA